AUUAAUUGCAAAAUAAAAACAUAACCUCAUAUCCUGUAAUCUUGUAAAGUUUUUGUUAAUUACUGCAUCUGAACAAUGUUUUAUGAAAUAUCUCGUAGGUCCAUAAACGUAAAUAAUCUUGAUAAAAUUAAUUUAUCAUGGAAUAAUUCCAUUAUAACCAUACGCAUCAAUAAAAAUCUACAUAUGCUAGAACUGUCGUCCAAUUUAUAUUCAUUAGAAAAGAAAAUUGAAUUUAUUGAUUCCGUUAUAACAUGUAGUACCAACAGUCCUGUACCAAAAAAGUAUUUACGUCAGUAUGUUUCCAAUGGUGUUAGAAAUUCCGAAUUAUUAGAAAUGAUGACAAAUCCAGCACUAUGGCCUCACAACAAGCAAAUAACAAAAGAAAUGACGGAUAUCGUUCAAUUUGACUGGUUACCUCAAGAUUUGAUAAUUCAUAGUGAAAGGUUACUAUCAAUAUUGAACAGUGUUGGUAAUGUGGAACUUUAUGUACAAAAGAGGUUGAAAUGGGAUUGUAUAGCAGAUAUAUCAUUACUAAUGAAUAAAUAUCUGCUAAAUGAGAAUAAUACAGAACUACCGAAGGAGUUUGAUGAUUUAAAACAGUUUGUUUACAAAAUAGAAACCUCUGCAAUAUGUUGGUCCCCAUAUUCAAACAAUAAUAACACCUGUUACUUUAUAACCGCAAUGAGAAGUGUUCGUUUAAUAUUUUGGCUACUAACAUUAGAUAACAAUAUUUCCAUACAAUGCUAUGGUGAAAUUGAGCCAGCACACAGUGCUAUAAUAUCGAAAAUUUAUUGGGUGUCGCUCCAGAAUACAUUUCUACUGGUCACUUGUAAUGAACUCGGACAAAUAGUAGCUCAUGACUGCUCGAUUGAAGACAAUAAGAUAAAAAAUACUCAAACCAAAAUCUUGUGGCCUCAUACUGACAAAAUGGUGCCAAUAUCAUUCCAUUAUUAUUUACAUGAUGCUAAAAUUAUUAUGCUAUAUAAUAAACAUAGGCAUUUAAUCAUACAAAUGUUCGACAGAAAUAUCGAAUGUCUAUCACAGUAUGUAGAGACAGUGAAUGAUUUUAAAAUUGUUUGCAUUACACAAAAUGACAAUAUAUUCUACUUGUGUACUGAGAAUGUUAAAAUGUAUACAAUAAACAUAUGUGUUGAACAUAAUAAAUUAAAUGUAGAGCUGAAUGAAAUUAUGAUAAAAGACAUAUAUCCGGGACAUGAAUUGUGCAGUGUUGCCAUAUCUAAGAAUAAAGCUCUGUUCGCAUUGGCCAUGGUGGAUCAGAAGGUGCAACACAGAAAAUUGCAACUCAAAGUACAUGUAGUACUUAUGUGUGCUGAAGCCGAAUUCGAUGCAAACGUCGCAAAAAUCAUCUAUAACCCUGCAAAAUCUUUGUCAAACAUAUGGGACCAGAUCGAGGUUCUGAGACUUAAGACAUUGAAAAUGAAAAAAUUACCUAUAAUUGAUUAUAAAAAUUUAUUGAAAGAAGGGGAUAGUGAUGUGUACAAACUGAAAGUUUAUUACGUGUUUCUCACACUAUAUUUCAAUUUGCAAAAGUACAUCGUGAAAAAGCGCAAAGGAUUACUGCCGGAAGUCUCCGUCGAUAAAAUAAAAACCCAGAUCCUCACAUUUCAAGCUAUAAAAACAUUAACCAGCUUACACGAAAGACAUCGAGACGGGAAAGGACUCAGCGAAUUUGAUCGCCAAUGUUUAGACGGAUGCAAGAAGUUCGUACAAUACUAUUGUGACAAAUAUUCUAAAUGCAUCACUGAUUUAAUUCCACAGAAUAUUCUUAAUUCUGUGAACGCAAACGUGCAAUACGUAUGUCAGUGUUGUGACGAAGAUAUAGUUGGUUUCACGUGCAAAUACAAACAUUUGAACAUGUUUUGUUCCAUAACAUUUACUCCGAUUGUUGAAGACAAUUAUCUUGUUUGUAAAGUUUGCGGUAUGACUGCACAGUAUGAACUACGCAAACAAAAACCUUUAUGUCCAUUAUGUGAUAGAUAUUUAAGUGACAGCUUACUGCCUUUAUAAAUAAAUGUAUUUUUUUAAAUA